GUACAAACACACUUGGAAAAUCAGUCUAGGUACCACAUACAGCAAAGCCAGAGGCACCAGGUGAAGCAGUACCUGACCCUUGAUACCAAGCUGUCCAGCCAGACGCUCUCCCUGUCCCACUCCCACACGAUCCAGCCUGCAGGAGUGACUUCCAUUUUAAGGAACGGACACAUGCCUCCUGUCAGCGACCUCGGCACACCAGAAAGCCCUGUUACCAAGCUGCUGGCCCUCGGAGGCGAACACGAAAAUGCGAUGGAGGAAGUAAUUGAAGACAUAAUCAAUAUGGAAUCAAGUUUUAAUGAUGAAGGCAUAGGUUGUUCUGAAACUCCUCUUCUAAUGCAAAGAACU